AAAAUGUCAAGCCGAAGAAGCCGAUCGACCUGCCUAUACCUAAGGGCGUCGACGAGGACCUCGACGAGGACGAGGACGACUUGGACGACGAGGAUGACCUCGACGGAGAGGCUGACGAAGAGGACGACUCGGAUGCCGAGCUGGAGGAUGUUCUGAGCGAUCAGCCUGAUGAAGAGGAGAGCGAUGAAGAGUAUCUGGACGAUUAUGAUACUACCACUAGUCGACCGGCGACCACGGUUUCCUCGACGGAGAAGGCCAGACAGGAAGCAACCGCAAUGCCACUUCCUGCGAGCUCGAGCACUCAGCAACCUUCUCAGCCGCAAGGCACCCCUGAUCCUUACCUCACACAUUUUGACCCCAGAUCCGAGCAUCAGAGCUACAAGCAGGCCCAAAUGAGGCUGGAGGAAGUGCACAAGGAAAAGGUCACUAAGGUGAUGAAGGACUGGAGCGAUCUCGAAGAGAGGUACCAGGACAUCCGAGCGAAGGACCCAGUGGCUGCGGAUGCCUUCAAGAGAUGGAUGACGGCGAGAUUUCAGGAAACCGUGGCCGCCCUGGAGGCCAGCGGAGCGGCCGAGAAGCACCAGCUGAGCGCGAUGCACCAGCAGCGAGUCCAAGAAGCAGUCAAGCAGAGGAACGAGGAAGCCAUGUCGUGCUAUACGGCCGCUUUGAACGAGACGCCGCCAAAUUUGCACCGCAUUCAGAAGUGCCUGCAGAAGCUGCUCAGGGCCCUCCACAAGGACCGACACCACACGAUUGCACAUUACAAGCAUCUGUUGGACAGCAGCCUAGAACAGGCACAGCGAGAGAAGCCAGCGACGUUGGAGCACUUGGCCGAGAUCGACCGAAUCACCAACCAGAGCCUCCUGAUGCUGGAGCGGUACCCGGAAAUGAGCGCCAAGAUCGGCAGACUUAUGGACGAUUACGUGCUGGCGUUGAGGAGCAAAGAUGAGACCCCUGGUCUGCUCUUGGCGAUGACUCGCGAGGCCGAGGCUGCUAUUCUCGACAAGUACCAAGCUGACGUGGCUAGCAAGCAGCAAGAAAAGGAACAUCAGAAGCAGCUGGAACGAGAGCGCAAGGAGCAGAGGAAAGCCGAACGCGGGGAGCUGCGCACGGAACAGGAACAACACGAGGAUAGCAAUCCUGUUGUGGAGAAAAAGGAUGUUCCACCUCAAUCGGAGCAGCCUGCAGCUGCAGCCGCGAUGCACAACGAGGGAAUAGUUAGAGCGGCACAUAGUAUGACUCAUGAUAUGUCGCACGCGGAACCGGGCUACUCCGUUAGACGAGAGGUCUAUCACAGGGAAAGCCGAUCGGUUUACUUCACGCUGGCUUUUGCUGGGAUCGCUUUGAUGGCAGCCGCGGUCGUGGGAGUUGCGGUCUUCAAAAGACGCAGUGCCAGGAGCCCUCACAGCCAGGGCUUCAUCGAGGUCGACCAGGCGGCCACCCCCGAAGAGCGACACGUAGCCAACAUGCAGAUAAAUGGCUACGAGAACCCCACCUACAAAUACUUCGAGGUCAAGGAAUAACUUGGCCGGCGUGCGUCGUAAACCUUAGUUUACAAUCUGGUCUCAUUGUUUUUCUCCGAUACUCCUUUCGAGAAUCUCAGCGUUUCGUUAAUACCGGACGGCUAGCAUCCGAGAAUGAGAUGGCGGGGGAGAGGUACUUCCGAAGAGGAACAAUCGCGUGAAAUUCCCGCACUAGGGUCGGAUAUCCGGGACCUUCGCCCGUCACCGAGGGUUCGUUAAUGGGAGUUCCCGAAGAUCCGUAUUAAGGGCACCAGGAAGCGGAACUUCGAAAUAGGGUGACCUUCGGAGGAGAACAUUCGUGGCGGUGUGUCAUAUCUUUUUCCGAUUCUCCCUUCGCGCCCCAUCUAUACCGUGGGAAGAGGAAUCGGAUGACUGAUUAUACGAAGUCGUAAAUUUAGAGAGGGAGUCCACGUGCCACACGGGAGAAUCGCAGCGCGUGUCUUUGGGAGGACCUUGCAUCGUUUCCUCCGUUAAAUCGUGGAUGUAACGUCUUAUUUCUUCUCCUCUCUUGUUCCCUUUCGGUUGUACUUAAGUUCGGGACAAAGGUACCGGAAGGAGAAGCUGCUGAACGAGGAAGAACCGGUAAUACCCGGGGACUCCCUAGGGUCCUUCGACGGCAGCUUCUCGAUUCCUGGCACCUUUUCCCUUCUAGAGACAGAGCAGCUUUCUUAACUUCUUAGUCUCGUGAGAUGCGGUAGCAGCUUCCAGCAGGUAACAAAGGAUAUUACCAGAUGAGAGAUAUUUAUUACCGAUAUACCUCGCUAAUUGACGAGGGUACUCUAAAGAUAUCACAGAACGUCCGUCGAUGCAUACCGAAUUCCCGAUGCAACCACUAGCUUUCGUUUCGUCCUCGGUUUGGAUUUCGAUUCCUCCACUGCCUGGUUUCCGCGGUAACCUUUCAGUACUUAAACGUCUAAUUAGGCGAGAGAGAGUAACCUAAUACUUAAGAGACUAAAUCACUAAUCUAUUUAAAGUUAACGGAACGACGGAAGGGGAAUUCAUUUGUAUCAUUCCAAGCGCAAAUACCUGGAAACUGAGCCCAUCGUUUUGUUCGAGGUGUUGUCGGGACGGAAGCAUGGAGAAUGUUCGGGAGCCUCGUUCGACCUCGACGAAACCGAGACCUAGGGUCCCAUCGGAAGAAGUCACGCCGAGGCUCUCGAAUAAGAGGAACAGAUAACCAGGAAAAGGAGUUCUUUCGAAUGGCAGCGAUACCUCUUACCUAGCGUCGAAUAUUUGCCGGCCGUUAACCAGGGCACGGAUGAGUAAUUUCGUUUUUCUUUUCUAAACAAAAGGAUCGUUCAUACAAUAACUAUCUUAGGAUAUUAUUAAUGAUACAUGAUGAUAAUAUAUUACACGUUUAAUGCUUA